AUGACCGGUCCGCAGACGCUGCUUGACUCAGUCGACAGUAGCCCGCGCCAAUGGGCCAGCCGUUCGCUCCAGACAGGCCUCGAUGCGGGCCUCCACCCGGGUUCGCCGCCCUCUUCGUCCUGGAGCAGGCUAGUGGGGCUUGUUAGUGAGUCUUGGCGCUUUGCAAUCGACGGGCUGUUCGAGAAGUGCUGGGCGCCACCCGGACUCAAUUGGCCUGGCAGCCACCGGGAAGACGAGGGGAGCAACGCCGAACGCCAGGCCAGCCAUCCAUUCACCCAACCAACCGAGUCCGUUCUGUUUCAUUUCUCCGGCGUUAGGUACCGCAAGUGGCACCUCGACGCACAACACCUGAAUAUCCCUCACGUCUCCACGCUGCCACGGGCCUGGCUGCAUCGCGGCCAUGUGAAUGACGCGAAAGGCUUAUCCAGCCCCCGAUCCAGUUCCAGUAUGAGACCUACCUAUGCACACCACCUCCCGGCCGCUCCUCCUCUCUCCUCCCCAGUCUUGCCCCCGACCAUGCCGAGAUCCCCCUACGUCGGGUGGAGCACCGCACUCAUUCAUCCGCGGCUAGACCACGCGGCCCAUCCCCCAGCAUAA